UUAAAACUAAAACGAAAUUGAAAAAUUCAGUUGAGCCAAAAACAUCGCAACACCGAAUAGCACGGACACAAACCACAAAUAGCAACAAAUUUAUUACAAUUUUGUAUACACACAAAUUUGACAGUCAGCUGGCAAACGUUUUCAUCGCCAACAUAGAACACAACAAAUAGAAGCAGAAGAAGAAAAAAUCUGGGAAAAUUUUAUUUAUAAAAAAGUUGAUAGCAAUUUCAAUUGAAAAAAUAAGAUGAGUUUGCCGGUAAUUAUUGCGGGCAUACAAAGCACUGCAGGCGCUGUGCCAGUGCGAAAUGAGAAAGGUGAGAUUUCUAUGCAAAAAGUAAAAGUGCAGCGGUACGUAUCAGGCAAGCGUCCAGAUUAUGCACGAAAUGAUUCUAGCAGCGAUGAGAGUGACUUGGAAGACUUCAUCGAUCAUCGGAAGCGCACAACUGCAGCAAUUGCACAGCAGGAGCGUCGCUUAAGGCGUGAAGAGGAAAUUGCACUUCAGCGGGCAGCCGAUGAAGAUGACGAUGCUGAAUUUGAUGAUCCACGUUUAAGGCGACUACGUGCGCGUCCCGUAGAACAAGAUGAUGUAGAGCUGGAACGGAAAGAUCGUCAUCGACAUGUACAUGAGCCAGAAUUUGUUGAAACAGAAUCAGAGGAAAGCGAGAAUGAACCCAACCGCACUAUUGAAGCAUCGACAAAUAAAAUCACAUUAGCUUCAGAGUCUGACUCUGAUUCAGAAUUAAGUGAAACUGAAUUGGAGAAGAGACGUAUGAAACUACGUCAACGCAUGUUGCAGCAACAAAAAGAAGAAGAGAUUUUACAAAAAGAAGAAGAAAACAAAUCAGAAUCAUCAGAUAGCGAGAGUUCAGAUUAUGAGGAGGAAACUGAAAGUGAGGAAGACAAUGAACCACGUCUAAAACCACUUUUUGUACGUAAACGCGACAGAGCUACAAUACAGGAGAAGGAACGUGAGGCACAGAAACAAAAACAACUCGAAACUGAAGCUAAGAAAUCUGCUAAGGAAAGACGCAGACAUACCCUACGUAUGGUCGAAGAUAGUGUCAAAAAGGAUUUGGAAAAGGUGAAAGUAAGUGCAAAUUUGGUAAUUAGCAUUGGUUGCUUCUAGAGCAUAUCCUGCUCA